AUGGGCCGUUCCGAUGACCGGAAGAAUAAUUUCUACGUCUCUGGACCCAAGCAUAUGACUCAAACCGAGGUUGACUGGAACAGCGAGGAGCACCGCCGGUGCAUCACCGCCUGUCUCGUUAAAGGCACUUACAUUCUGGAGAGCGAGCGUCAAGAAAGGCGGACGGAGGGCGAACUCGCCGCAGCGUGGUGGGAGAACUUCAACUUUCGCCUCCAUCGCGUGCUCGAGUCUGGGUGCAACCGCGACUGCUGCAAGAACCUUUUACGGAUCUUUGGGGACCAAAGCACCAGAAGUCUUGUGGCCGCUUCAAGGAUGCACGCAGGCACGUCACCUCCCUCCUGGACUCCAGCUCCACACUACGUCGUUGCCUUUCGAGGCACCAUGCCACGAAAUGACACGGUCUUCGAUGACAUGCAUCACAACCUCAGUGUCCUUCUCAACAAGCAGAAGUCUUGUGGCCGCUUCAAGGAUGCACGCAGGCACGUCACCUCCCUCCUGGACUCCACUCCUACAGCUGGUGCUGCUGGUGGUCGUGCAGUAGCCGGCGGCACGAACUCGAACUCGAACUCCGUCGUGUGGCUCGCGGGCCACUCGCUCGGGGCGUCGAUAGCGCUAGACGUGGGGCGGUACGGCAUGGUGACCGGAAGAGGGUGCAAUCUCCCAACCUUCCUCUUCAACCCGCCGCAUGUAUCGGCGGCGCCGUUGAUCGACGUCAUGCCGGAGGAGGCGAAGAGGGAUCUGUACAGGUUCAGCUACGGCGUCAAGUGCGUGUUGGGGAUGAAAAUUCUGAGGUCCCACAGGAAACAUAUGGAGGACCUUUUCGGGCAGCUGUCCCCGUGGGUGCCGAACCUGUACGUGCACCGGAGGGACGCCAUCUGCAAGGGCUUCAUCGACUACUUCGAGCAGCUGGAGCAGAUGAAGGAGUGGUCCACCCGCGUGGCCAACUCGGCUGCCACACUGUCGUACCGCGACAUGGCGUACUAUGUGUUCCACCAGCAGAGCGAGCUGCAGCACCUCAUACCAUGCGCAGUGCUGUGGAUCUCGGACGGCGACGACCCGCACGGGCUCCAGCAGUGGUGGCGGCCCAAAGGCACGGCACUGAACUUGAGGCGCAACGAAUACAGCUGGUAA